AUGGAACAUCAAGAGACUAGUGUGGAAAAGGAGGGAGUUGCUGGCAGAGGCUUAAUCGAUUUGGUCUUCUCUUGGUCUAUGGAGGAUGUUCUCAACAGAAAUCUAUACAAAAACCAGGUGACGAAAAUUCCUGAUACAUUUUCGACCGUGACGAGUUACAUGAAAACGUUCAUUCCUUUGCUUGUUGAGGAAACACAUGCCGAUUUACUCUCAAGCAUGGAGACUCUGCCACAGGCACCUACUUGUGAAAUUCUGGCUGUUAAACCUAAGGGUCAUAAAAAUGCCAAGGACUUUUUUUAUUUUAUUACAAUAAGGGGCAGUGGAGAAGCCGAAAAUUAUGAGCCGCAGCCUGGAGAUCUUAUUGCCUUGACCGAUAUUAGACCAAAAUGCAGUGAUCAUUUGAACAGCCCGAGAGAUUCAUAUCUCAUUGCGUAUGUUAUUCCAGGCGGCGAUGAUAGGGUCUUUAUACGCUCAUCAAAGCCUAUAAGUAGAGGAGGAGGAGAAGGAGGAGGAAAACUUUUUGCUGUCUAUCUGAUCAACAUGACAACAAAUGUUCGCAUAUGGAAAGCUUUGAUCUCAGAAAAGGCAAACACAAAUAUAAUUAAGAAUGUGCUGCAAGUGCAACCCAAUUCAUCACAGGGUGGGAAUUCUUGUUCAAUUUGCUUUUCUAAAGAAAAAUGCUCCCCUGCCCUUUCUAUUAAAUGGCCCUCAAUGUGCUCUGAUCUAAAUGAUUCUCAAGAAGCUGCAGUUUGGAACUGCAUCAGUUUGAGUAAAUGCACUCACCAAAAUACCAUCAAACUAAUAUGGGGUCCUCCGGGGACUGGAAAAACCAAGACAGUUUCUAUGUCGCUCUUUGCCCUCUUGAAGUUGAAGUGCAGAACACUAACAUGUGCUCCAACGAAUGUCGCCGUGUUAGAAGUGACAGCGAGACUCCUGGGAUUGAUUAAUCAGUCUCUUGAUUAUGGAAAGUAUGGACUUGGAGAUAUAAUUCUAUUUGGGAAUGGGGAGCGAAUGAAGAUUGAUAAUUUUGAUGACCUUGUUGAG